AUGUCUUCUUCAAAUGCUGUAAAAGAAUCAGCUAAAAAGUUAGUUAAUUUACUGGAGAAAUAUCCAAAGGACCGUAUUCCUCACCUGGUCUCAUUCAAAGAUAUACAAAUAGCAAGAUUUGGACGUGUAGCGGGUCUUCCAAAUGUAGAUCACGAAGGGAACAGUAUAAAACAAAAGAAACCUUCUAUAGAUGAGAUAAAGAGUAUCAUUAAUAGAACUUCGGGGCCAUUAGGACUAAAUAAAGAGAUGUUGACCAAAAUUCAAAAUAAAAUAAUUGAUGAAAAAUUCACAGAAGAAAGUAUUAACGAGCAGUUUCGCGCCUUGAGCUGUAUAAUGAAUAACAAGUUCAGAAAUUAUUAUGAUGUUGGUGACAAGCUCUAUAAACCCGCAGGAAAUCCCCAUUAUUAUCAGAGAUUAAUAGAUGCCGUUGACGGUAAGAAAAAGGAAAACUUGCUUACCGCAAUGAGAACUGUAUUAUUUGGUAAAUAG